GGACGUCCUGCUGCUGCCUGACCUGGGAGAAGCUUUCUGGGACUAAACAUGUCCGUGUUCCUGCAGGAGUGUUUCCAGUUCAUCCUCCCCGCUCUGCCUCACGCCAUCGACCUGCUGCGCGAAGCCGCCGUUCACGUYAAAUCCACGCACGCCGCCCUGGAGCCGAUGCCCUCCCUGCUGACCAAUGCGCACGCCAACACACACACCAUGGAGCGCGGCACCCAGUGCGAGGAAGAGGAUGAAGACGAAGAGGACAGGAGGAGAGGACGGCACAACCACCACCAGCACCAUCAGCACGGCUCGUCCCACAUCACUGUGGCCGCCAUCGCCGCAAAGACGACUUAUGCGACGGUCAUGGCUAAGGGCGCCCCCUACCUGCCUGGAAACACACCUGCCCCUCCCUCUCAUUUCACCUGUUCCCAUCAGGUGAGCUGCAGCCAUCUUCCUCCUCCUCUUCCUCAGCCGUCCUGACCUGUUACAGUUUCACUCCUGACCUUCAAUUAUCAGGGAA